GGACAUGGCAUCGUAUUACACGCUCUCUGGUCUCCAAGAAACACUUAACAAGGAUUUAAUGACGGCGAAGAUUUCGUUCGUGGCACAUGAAUAUGCCAAGAUAAGGAUAAAAUGUAGAAGGCACAUAGUCGAACAAUAGAGAAAUACACGCGGUUUAUGCCGUCAAGGUCUCGAGUGCGUGUUCUGCGUUCACUGUGUGUUUUCGCAGCUGCCAAUUUUGUGGGAGAGAUGAAUGCGAACGUGGAGCGGCGGAGGGGAAGCGGGACCAGAACCUGGAUCGGGACCAGGACCGCUCCACUCAGUGGCACAUAGAGACUCCGCGAGACCUCGGUCGCGCGCUUCGCAGCGUGACGUCACCGCAGCGCACGGGCCGGCCGCCUCGCGCUGCUCACCGUCUCCCUCUGGCGGCCGGACGCGUAGCGGCUGCGCAGUGACGCCGGGAGGGAGUCGUCGGCGAGGAACAUCCGCAGUGUGCGCUUCGCCGGGAUCUCUCGCCGUCCGACGCGCCGCUCACCGAUCGUUUCGCUUCUUCCGGCCCGGCAGCGCAACUGCAACCCUGCAUUCCAAACGGGAGAACGAGUGCUUCGCCAUGAACUGUGACAUGGAUGGAGAUGUGGAGGACCAGCUGGAGAUGGAGGAGAAGACGAGGCUCAUCAACCAGGUCCUGGAGCUCCAGCAUACACUUGAAGAUCUUUCAGCCAGGGUCGACGCUGUGAAGGAGGAGAACCUCAAGCUCAAGUCUGAGAACCAGGUACUGGGGCAGUACAUCGAGAACCUCAUGUCGGCCUCCAGCGUCUUCCAGACCACUGACACAAAAAGCAAACGAAAGUAAGGGACAGACCCCAACACCUUUAACAGUUCACCGAGUCCCGGGGGCCUCCCUGCAAGAGCCUCAUUUACAUCCUCUUAAUCUCAUAACAAAUUCAUCUGAAGUUUUCUUGAGUUUUUCUUUCCCUGUGUAAUUUUUCAGAUGUAUGUAUGUAGUAUUUAAUUUUUUAUGGCUAGAAUGAUUCCCAUAUAAUGUAUAGUUAUAACUCCUCCCUGGUACACAAUUUUUACGGGUCACUUUUUUAGAAUGUAAAGUAACAGUUGAAAACCCUUUUAUGAACCUUGAGGCAACGACUUUAACCUUCACACUGACUUUUCAUUCUACAGUUGUAGCCAC